AUGGCGUCCCCCAACGCCCUCCUCCGGUGGAUCAUUCCGCCCACUGCCGCGGCCAUGCUCAUCCAGGCGUCCAUGUACGACGUCAAGGGGGGCAACCGCGCCGUCAUCUUCGACCGUCUGACCGGAGUGCAGGAAAAGGUUGUCGGCGAGGGCACCCACUUCCUGAUUCCCUGGCUGCAGAAGAGCAUCAUCUACGAUGUGCGCACGAAGCCUCGAAACAUCUCCACGACGACGGGAAGCAAGGACCUGCAGAUGGUGAGCCUGACGCUGCGAGUGCUGCACCGUCCGGACGUGCCGAAGCUGCCGCAGAUCUACCAGUCUUACGGUCAAGACUACGAUGAGCGAGUUCUGCCAUCGAUCGGAAACGAGGUCCUCAAAGCCAUCGUCGCCCAGUUCGACGCUGCCGAGCUGAUCACCCAGCGAGAGGCCGUCUCGAACCGCAUCCGGACGGACCUGAUGCGCCGUGCGGAGCAGUUCCACAUCAUGUUGGAGGACGUGUCCAUCACGCACAUGACCUUUGGCAAGGAGUUCACCAAGGCCGUCGAGCAGAAGCAGAUCGCGCAGCAGGACGCCGAGCGCGCGCGGUUCGUCGUUGAGAGGGCCGAGCAGGAGCGGCAGGCGAAUGUUAUCCGGGCGGAGGGUGAAGCCGAGAGUGCCGAGAUUAUCAGCAAGGCCAUCGCCAAGGCGGGUGAUGGUGUCAUCCAGAUCCGUCGCAUCGACGCGACCAAGGAGAUUGCGCAGACGCUGGCGAACAACCCGAACGUUACGUAUCUGCCGGGUGGUGGUGAAGGCAAAGAGGGCGGCAAGAACACAAGUCUUCUUCUGGGACUGAGGACUUAG